AUGUCAAAUCUUUCUAAACUUGAAUUUGUAGCCCUGGAUAUAUCGGGCAAAAGCUACAUGUCUUGGGUGCUUGAUGCUGAAAUUCAUCUUGAUGCGAUGGGUCUGGCAGACACCAUCAAGGAUAAAAAUCAGGCAUCAAACCAAGACUAUAGAUAUGACCACCUGAAGAUGGUCGUUUUUCCACAGGCACGUUAUGAUUGGACUCAUCUAAGGCUACAAGAUUUUAACUCUAUCAGUGAGUAUAAUUCUGCUAUGUUCAGAAUUAUUUCCCAAUUGAAAUUAUAUGAUGAUAAUAUUACUGAUCAUGAUAUGUUGGAGAAAACUUUCACCACUUUUCAUGCCUUGAAUAUGCUCCUGCAGCAGCAAUAUCGAGAGAUGGGAUUCAAAAAGUAUUCUGAACUUAUCUCACAUCUUCUUGUAGUCGAGCAACAUAAUGAGCUAUUAAUGAAAAACCAUGAAAGUCGACCUACUAGUUCUUGUCCAUUCCCUGAAGUGAAUGAGACGAACUUCCACCAAGCUAAGCGCGGAAGAGGUCGUGGCCCCAGUCGUGGUCAUGACCGUGGUCGGGGAAGAAACUUUAAUCAUGGUAAUAAUAAUGCACCAAAGAACCCUCCUCGCCACCAGCAGUGA